AUGGGAUUCACUUUCCAAUCUGGUCUCAGCUCACUCUGGAGAAUCCUGAGCGCUUUGUACGGACACCGUGGGGCUGUGACCUGCCUGGCCGCCUCCGCCUCCUACGGCGUCGUGGUGAGCGGCUCUGCCGACAGAUCCGGCAUCAUCUGGGACUUGCACCGGCUGACACGCCUCGCCCGGCUUCCUGCCCACCCGGCCUGCCUCUCGGCUGUUGCUGUCAGUGAUUCCACGGGGGAUAUCGCCUGCUGUGCCGGAACGGCUCUCUAUAUAUGGAACAUCAGCGGGAAGCCCCUGGCCAAGCUAGACUCUGCCUGCGGCUCUGGCUCCACACUCUCCUGCUGCUGCUUCCUGACGGUGGCGGACUGGGACGUGCACGGCCUGAUUGCCACGGGGGACACGGGUGGACACGUGCAGGUCUGGAAGCUUGGGACUGCCUCACCUCAGCGCCUGGACGGCAGUUCAGACUCCCAGGAAAGCCUGGCAAAGAAGGCAGGCGGCCGGGAGGAACCCCCGCUGCUUCUCCGUCGGGAGCUGGAGCGCAGCAGCGCGGCGUGCCCGUGGAACAGGCCCGGCAGGGCGGCGGCGCUCACCACCUUGGCCGUCUCCAGGAAUUCCUCCAGGCUGCUGGCUGGUGAUGAGAAUGGGAGGCUCUUCUGUUGGUCCAUGGAUGAGUAGGAAAGGGCGUCCUGGCUGGUCUGGCCCGGCCUGUUUCCACCCGGGGAAAUGCAGGACCGUUCGGGCACAUGGCUGCAGCAAUGCCCAAUGGCCAGCUUGAUGGGCUUUGAAAGGACCUGGCCCUGCGCCGUCCCAGCCCAGAUUUGUGUCUUCUCCUUGGCCACAACCCAGAGGGCACCGCUGAUGAACGAAGAGGACUCGGCCACCGAGAAGUCCGGCUUCCCACCAGGCCACACACACACUCCCCCUGCAGGGACCACAGCUUUGGUUUGGGAGCCAGUGUGAAAGAAGUCAUGCUGACAACAUGGCUGUUAUGUGGGCUUGGCGUUGUGGAUAGAGUCUGGUUUUUUUCCUGAAGUGUCUUGUGCACAGAAUGCGUUUCAGUUUUGUGGUGAUGGAAAAUAAAA